UUGGCCCGUUCAGAGGUUUCUUUCUGCCUGACUGAUUCACCGCCGAUCUUCGUCACCGGCCCACUGAGAGCAGGGCUGCUCGGCUUGCGAGAACUCGCUACCAUUCCAAGGCCCUUGAACCUGUUCUGUGGAAGUGCAGGUGGAAAUAGUUUGCGCAGUGCCCUUCCAGUUUCCCGUGGACCAACGAGUAUGGCGACUUGGGUUUACCCACCUAUUCCCCCAGAGCGCCUGGACCAAGAAGCCGACUCUGCUCUGGAGAAAGAGCUAGAAUGGUUGCUGCGCUCCUUACAGGACUCUCUGGCUUCUUUGAGGGAAGGCCUUCAUGAAUGCGCUGCGCUGCUGGCUCCAAAGGAGCCCGGCUCUACAUUAGUCCUAUCGUCAUUGCGGUCUGAGAGUGUAAAAGGCUUCGUCACACGAGUUGGGACAAAGGUCGUAAAGGGGGAUAUCCAACUGCGCCUGAACUCUCUGAGUUCCCGAGGUGCACCUACAACCCGGCUAUGCUUAUCGAACUCUUCGACUGCGCCAGAACUGGCGCUCAGCCAAUUAGUCUCGGUUAGAGAUUCGGUCAGACAGUGUCUAGAUAUCGUCGAUGUGAGCACCUGGACUGGCGAUCCACUUGAUGCGCGCUUCAUCUACAGCCAGCUCCAUCUUCUUGGAGAGACCAUUGCGGAGGGGCGGCAAAUGCUGAAGGGCGAGACUGAUAGCGUUCGCGGCAAAUGGUGGGAGACAAGUGCGCCGGAUAAUAUGUUUGAUCCGCCUUUACCCCCUCAUCUCUCAUUUCAUUUAUCAAUUGCGGAUUCUGCCCUCGUACUCUAUCUGAGGACCCUUGAAUCUACAACACAAACACACACUCCAACGGCCUUUGCGACAGAUAUCUCCUUGACCGGAUUUUCUAUACGAGACCGAUUAUUCGGUUCUCGUCAAGCCGCUCAUGACGAAGCUGGUGAUGUAUUUUCCUGGAACGGAGACGAGGUUAAAGUCAGGGAGAAGGUGCGCGUAGAGAGCCAGGACCCCAGUCUGAUGUCGGUGAUGGCCAAAUUGACUGCACUGUAUCACGAAGUGGCUAAGUGCAAGACUGCGCUUAAAGUCCUCAUGGGGAAUGAUGACGACAGCGAGUCCUGAAUUAAUUUUGUAACCUUGCUCUAUAACCAGCGUAUCGAGAAUAAUUGAAGCAAUUAGCACUGGAGAGGCUGUAUACAUAGUCCAUUAACUAUGAAUAUUUAUGUCGAUGCUUAUGUAAUGUGCAUAAAUAUAAC